CGCUUCGUCUCUCUCUCGGUUAGGGUUUUAAGAGUGUUUUUUUUUUAAAUCUUCCGCUCCAAAACUCUACUACUCGUCUACUCCAAACCCUACCUGCUCCCCUCCCCCCGCACGCUUGAACUGUGGCAGAUCCAGUUUUGGAUUCAAAUGCCAUUCAGAUCUAGGGUUUUUUCCCACAAAAUCGCACUGAAGAACCCUUGCUUCGGAUCCAUCAAGCUCGGUGCCUUUUGAAUGCACUAUCAGAAGUUCUUCGAGAGUACCGGAAUCCUCCGUUGGAAUAUGCCGAGUUUUGCCGGAACCACCCUGUGGGAUCUUAGGCUUUGGAUAGAUGAUAUGAUCGUUUGAAUAUGAGAGAUGGAGGCAGGGAGAGUGGAAGGAACAAUGAGGGCAGGUUGAAGAGGAAUAGGCCAUUCGGCGGUGAUGAUUUUGGCCGUGCGGUCGCGAGGAUUGCUGUCGCCCAGGUGUGCGAGUCCACGGGUUUUCACAGCUCCCACCGCUCUGCUCUCGAUGCUCUCGCCAGUGUCCUCAUUCGAUAUAUAUGCGAUCUGGGUAAAGCAGCUGCUUUCCAUGCCAACCUAUCUGGUAGAAUGGAAAGCAAUGUGUUUGAUUUAAUUCAGGGCCUGGAGGAUCUCCGAUCAUCGCAGGGGUUUGCCCGUGCUUCAGAUGUUCACCGUUGCCUUGUGAAUUCUGGUGUGGUCAGAGAGAUGAACGAGUCCUUCAUGACGGCAGAAGAAGUUCCAUCUGCCUGUCCAUUUCCCCAUUUCCCUAUUGUCCGCUUCCAGAAGCCAAUGCCAAGCUUUGCGCAAAUUGGGGAGACACCGCCAGGGGAGCAUAUUCCUGAUUGGCUUCCAGCAUUUCCUGACCCCUAUACCUCUACCCACCCGCUGCCAGUCCGGAACGAGAGGGUGACUGACCUCCACGUAGAUGAGACCGAACAAGCAUGGCAGCGGAGGAAGGCAGAGAGGUCACUGUUAGGUCUGCAGCAGCCGCUUGCUUGCAAUGGCAUGGCUCAGCCCAGCCCGGCAUUUGAUGGUGAUGGUGGGAAGGGGAAGCAGGUGGUGGCUAGCAACCCCUUUCUUGCUCCUCCUUUGCCAUAUGGGGAGAAGGAGGUGUCAGAAAUUGUUGUCCCGAAUGAUGCUUCCACAGGGAAGAGGUUGUCGGUGCUUGAGACUUUUGCACCGGCCAUUGAGGCGGCAAAGGUUGGAUCUUUGGAUUGUGGGGUUAGUGAUGAAAGGAUGCUUCCUAACAAAAGGUCCGCGGUGCAUUUCAGGUUGGGGAUGGAUAGGGAAUUGGUUGUUGUGCCAUUUUCCUCAAGUACUCUAGGCGAGAAAACGGGUUUCUGGUAUUUGAGGGACGAUGAAAAGGAUGGCAAGAAGCAGAGAGCAGAAUUGAUACUCAAAGAAGCCAUGAAGAACCCACAUGAACUGGCUCAGCUGUAAAAUCACAUUGUAGAUGAUGCUCAUUUGUGAUGCAGAAUUGUAUAUCUGUUGCUGUGUUCUACAGCAAUUUGAUGGACUGCCAUCUGAGGUACCUUGCAGGAUAGUCCAAUCAAGAAGUUCGAGGUGCUCCAUGUUUCCACCAACAAUAUCACGUUCAACACUACAAAACAAUUGAUCUUGGAAUUUCUAGUUGUCUUUCACCAAGUGCUGUGAAGUUGUGAGAACUGAAGCAUUCAAGUCAACUCUGUCUUCUCAAAUCUGCAUGGCUGUGGCUUCAAGAAUUCAAAUCUCCAUGUUCCUCUGGUACUAGCAUUGCGACCAGAUCCAAUUUAACAAAUCUGCUGUCCUCUUCGUAUAGCCAACUUGAAGACGUCAUCUACCUGAAAUGGUUUGCUUCAAAUAUCUGACUGUGGUUCAGAUCACGAAUUACUUAUAAAACAUCAACCAUUUGAUGAUGUUGCCUAAGAAGAUAUUGGAUUUCCCUAGAAAAUAUCUGAAAACAAUGCUGUUAGGAGUGGAGAAAAUCAGAUGAUUUGUGGAGCAAACUGAUUUUUGGACAUGAGCAGGCCUACUGGGUUUGCAGUUGAUAGAGCACCGAUAUCUGAGGGCAAAGAAAUGCUGUUUAUGUAUAGGCAUAUGGGAUAGUAGCCUCUAUUCAACCAACUAGUGUUUUUAUCAUUGAGACCAGUCAGUGAGCCAGAGUCUGGCUUGCCCAGCAUCCCUGCCUGAUCGGAGCAUUUCAUUUGAGGUCCAUUUGAACUACUAUUUUUUUUAUCCUGGUUAGACUCCAUAAUCCCUUGAACAUUAAUUGAGGCACUGGAUUUAGGACUGUUGAAAGUCUACGGCAUUCUUUUGUGCAUCGGGUGACAAUUUGAUCAUGAAUAGACUGCCAUAUUCAUCAUUAUAUGCUAUGAAUAAUUUAUGGGAUAUGAGGUGUUUUUAUGGUGCCAGGAUGUAAAUAUCAGGAUCAUUUCUUGAAGCAGUUAUUUUGGAUUGCUGAGCUUCUCUUAGGGAUGGUGUGCACCAGAAACUUCAGACCAGCCAAUCUUGUUUGAUAACACAUUUGGAACUACAAUCUGCCCUUCAAUAAGGUAUCUCCUUGCCAGUACAUGAGAACCAGCCAUCUUGUAAAAACUUUUAAACACCUUUCUCUCUGGCUCGUAGUAUAUCGAAUGCAAUCAAUACUCUCAUUUUUGGUAUCUUUGCCAUAAAAUUCCAAAACUAGAUUACUUUUGGUAUCUUCAAGCAUCAACUACGCCCUUUUUGCUUGUUGGUCUCUUUUCUCUUCUUCUUCUUCUUUUUGCAUAGAAUUGGAGGCACAUGGGAUAUAUUUAGCAGCCUGUUGACAUUAACCUUUGGUAUCCCCAUUCUAAUGUGAUUUGAGUAUGUGCAUUAGCUGAAUGGUAAGGUAAAGCUGCGCCCUUCCAGUGCAAACAAUUCCCAACAUGUUGUCAAAUUUGGAUGAUAUCCUGAUGUCAUGCCAUCUUUACUCUAUUUGCUGCUAGAGUCCAUCUGAGGAUUGCAGAAUAUCAGAAAACAGGCGACUAGUUUCGUUUUUGCAAGAGAAUAAGAUUACCUUGGCACCAGGUUGCAGUGCAUUGUACUCAGUUGAGGGGAUUGGUUUGGUAGUUCAAUUUGAUAGGCUAAUGUUGCAUCUUGUUGCUUGCAAAUGAUCAGUGUAAGAGUCUGGCUUGCAUGAAAGAGACCUAUUAGUUCAAUGCUGAACCUGAUAAACUUGAAAAUAUGCUCGGCUAAAGGCGAAGAGUGGAAUAUUAACAGAAUUAAAUUUGUUGGACUGGAGAAGAGACGCACACCUCAAAUUAACAAGUGACUGGAGGAAUAUGGAAGCUUUCUGAACUCCGCAAACUGUAAUAUUGUUCUGUUUAUAUCGACUAGGCAUUUAUGGCCUUGUUAUUUCAUUUGAAUCAUCUGAAAAAAUUUCCUAGAUAAGAAAAUGUAAUUUUAUAUCGACUCAUUUAUUAUUAUCUUUUAAUGUAAUUGAUCGAUAUAGCCCAUCAA